UUAGCCGGAAAGCAGCCGCACUCAGGGCAGUGUUUAAAGUAUCUGCGGCGGGGACGGUAUGUGACAGUUUGGAGCACAGCUUCAGGUGACACGACACACAGCUACCGUACAGCCGUCACUGGACUGAUUUCUGCACGCUCUGACUUUGAAGUCAACACUCACCUGCACCGACUGAAACGUCAACACUGAAGAAAUGGCUCAUUCGAAACCACUGCUCAUCCCGUGGCUGAGGGAACAGAUUAACAGCAACAAGUAUCCUGGUGUCCAGUGGACAAACCCAGAGCAAACAAAGUUCUGCAUCCCGUGGAAACACGCUUUGAGACAGGACUCCUCUAACACUGACAUUCUCAUCUUUAAGGCCUGGGCGGAGGUGAGCGGCAGCGGCCGGGCUAAUGGAGACCCCUCAGUCUGGAAGAGGAACUUCCGCAGCGCCCUACGAGCUAAAGGCUUCAAAAUGGUGGAUGACAACAAGAAUGAUGCCGCUAACCCCCAUAAAGUCUUUCAGUGGCCGGACGAGUCAGCGUCAAAAGCUAACUCUUGUGCUGGAUCCCAGGAGCAAGAUGGGGCUGAUUUGUUUGCAGAUCUGGGCAUUUCCAUUCAAGAGACCCAGGGCAUCCAGUGUUUAGAAGGAUGUCUCUUACUUCCAGAAGGUGCCGUGUUUUUGGAAUCUGCUGCCAGCCCGGAUAUUCUCCAGGAGUGUCUCAGAGGAAUGAACAUCAGCCCUGAAGCAGAGGGCACCGCAGGCUUUGAGCCUCCUCCCGAGCAACAACAGCUGCAGAAUCAGGUUGCGAUUGGUGGACACCCGUUGCCUGGGCAACAGCAGUAUCCAGUAAUGUAUGAGGGUGCAGUUACUGAAGCUGGGUUGCCUGAGCAACCAGCACAUCCAAUUGGGGGAGCUGAGGGAGGGGCCUAUGAUGAGCAGUUGGCGGCACAGUUCCUACAGACAAUGCAAAAGACCAGAGAUGGAGAUAAUUUCAAGACUCAAUUCAAGAUAUCUGUGUACUACAGAGGGGUGAAGGUUUUGGAGCAGAUGGUUGAGAAUGAGGCUGGAGUGCGCUUGGUCUACAGGACUGAUCUCAAUGGGACAGUUUUGGAUCACGAGUCAGGCCUCACUAUAGUCUCCCUGCCAAGUCCCGGAGCCAUGGUGGAUCAAAACCAAGCCAGCCUCACCCAGCGGAUUCUGGACAUGCUGGGUGAUGGCUUGGAAGUUGGCGUGUCGGGCCAAGUGGUCUACAGCCAGCGACGGGGGGAAAGCAAAGCUUUCUGGAGCUUCUGCAAAUUUGACCAGAGCAGACAGCCCCAAGAGAUUUCUAAACUGCAUCCUCAGCCUCUUUACAAGUUCACGGAUUUUGUGCGAGGAAUAUUGGACUUCAUUGAGGGGAAUGCUAAAGAGUGUGCUCCCUGCUCCCUGUUCUUCUGUAUUGGGGAAAAGUGGCCUGACCCACAAUGCAGGCCUUGGGAGAAAAAACUCAUCACAGUGGAGGUGUGCCUGACUUCGAUGGAGUUAAUCAAGAACAUAGCUGUUGAAAACGGCGCCUCCUCCCUGAAGUCUGUGGAGCUGCAGAUGUCCCUGGAGGAGAUGAUGGAGUACUGAACAUUUGGACGCAGUGGCUGUUUUACUAAUUUGAGAUUUUUAAUCUUGGCUUCUUAAAACAUCUCAGUUAUGUUUGUGAAUAAUGUUUGAUAAUGACACUGGUGCUGUGUUGGUUUGUACUUUACCCGGGAUCAAACGGUCUAACUUAUACUGUAUGGAGAAUAAGUGUGCACUGAUUUCUAUCUUAGGAUUUUAAAACAAGUCACAGGGACAUGAUCAGGGUUGUUACUGAAAAUCAAGAUCACAUUUGUACAGUAAUGAGCUGAUGUCACUCAGGUAAAGAGACAUGACUUUCACUCAUUUAACAUUUUGGGCCCUCCUCUUUUUAAGCUUCACUUUUCCUCUUCUAAACUGAAUCUUAAUGGCAGUCAAAGUGAAACACCACCCAUAAGCUGCUAGUCUUCCUGCUCAUGAACUUAUUUGUUAUAAUAAUCGGCCUAAUGCUGUGAAAUUAAUGUGUUAAGGGGCGAACAAGUGCAACCUGGUAACAAACCCCCUGCUAAAGUGUAAUACUGUAAGUGAAAAUGGCAUUAGUGCUUUGAAUACAACAGAGCCACAGGUAAAAAUAAAUAUAGAAGCUGAUUUUAGCAGUGCAGAUGUGGCC